GCCUGACUGCGUGCACUGCUUGUUCACGUGAUGUGCUCGUGAAAUGGUUUUCAUCUGAGCCAGUGCUAGCUCGUGAGAUCUGGCUAUGUCGAUAGCUUUGUCCAGCGUUAGCUCAGACCCAACAUUCAAAAGUUUCUCUCUCACUCUCGGUGAGUGUUUCCAAAUACAAUACAGUCCCUGACCAUCUCAUCCUUGUUUGUAUAAUCACAGUCUUUCACAAGCAGACGCAGCUCUGUCACAAACUGUUCAAAAGACUCGCUAGCUCCUUGUACUUUCUCAUGGAAUUUGUACCUAGCGAAAAUCGUAUUGGUCUUCAGCACAACAUAUGCUUCAAAACGAUCAGUGUACAUGUGUUGUAGAUAUCUCUCCCUUUUUCACCGAUCCAGAGGAGCAGGUAGCUACACUUUUCCUCUUCUCCUUUGUCCUUCAGAGGACCCGUGAACAGUAGCUCCACAUGCUGUUUGUACUUACGCCAUGCAUCGGGUAAGUUUGUAGACUCCCAGUCCAUUCGAGGUGAAGGAAUUCCAGAAAAAUCCAUCUUGUAAGACCUUUUACUCUGACACCAUGUCUUGCCUUGCACGCUUUGUACAAAAUAAUAAAAUGCAGUACUACAGGAUAUUUCUUAACGUAGCUCUUUACUAGCUAGCAUGUUCAUGUAUCUCAAACCAUGAUCAACUGUCCAUGACCUAACCAUCUGGGUGGCCUUAACCAAUCAUAGCACAGUGGCGGUAAACUGCAUCCAAUUAUAAUUCAGUAUGUUUACACAUAUGAAUAUUACACACGUCUCUGCCUACUCCACCCGUCCUCCGUACCCCCUCCUACUUCCCAAUGACGAAGACAGUAACCACAAGUGGGUCAUUUGUGUAACUUGGUCAAAAAAACGUCAUAAAGAGCACAUGUUAACUUUUUAUGGCUGCUGGGGCAGUAUUGAGUAGCUUGGAUGAAAGGUGCCUAUUUCAAACGGCCUGCUCCUCAGUCAUAGUUCCUAAUAUUUGCAUAUUAUUAGUAGUAUUGGAUAGAAACCACUCCAAAGUUUCUAAAACUGUUUGAAUUAUGUCUGUGAGAUUAACAGAACUCAUAUUGACAGGCAAAAUCCUGAGUUGAAAUCAAAACAGGAAGUCAGAAAUCUGAGCUUGUCUGUAUUCACCAGAGUCCUUUAAGAAAUCCAAUUGAGUUAUGACUGAUGUUGCACUGCCUAGGGGUUCCACUAGAUGUCCGCAAUCAAUAGAAAUUCCAAUGAGACUUCUAUGAUGUUGUGGAAGAGAAUGAGAGCAGAAUCAGUCAGGUGUCCAUCAAGCAGCCAUGCGCUGAUCAUGCAUUUUCCUCAUGCAAGGCACUGACGUUCCAUUGCUCACGCAGACAAGAAGGAAUACUCCGGUUGGAACUUUAUUGAAGCUAUAUGUUAAAAACAUCCUAAUGAUUGAUUCAGAAUUUAGUUUGAAAUGUUUCUUCGACCGGUAAUAUCACAUUUUGAAGUUUUUGUCCGAUAUAACGCUGACCAGAAUUAGCGUUUGGAUAUGUUAACCAGACGCACUAACAAAAGAAGGUAUUUGGACAUAAAUAACAGAUUUUUUCGAACAAAACAAACAUUUAUUGUGGACCUGGGAUUCCUGGUGUGCUUUCUGAUCAUAAUCAACAAAGGUAAUGGAAUAUUUAUCAUGUAUUUUAUUGUUUAUAGUGACACUAUCUUUGCAGCUGUGGUAUGCUACUUUGAGCGCCGUCUCAGAUCAUAGCGUGCAAUUAUUUUUCCGUAAAGUUUUUUUGAAAUCUGACAUUACGGUUGCAUUAAGGAGAGCUAUAUCUAUAAUUCAAUGUGUAUCACUUGUAUUAUCAUCUAUAUUUAUGAUGAGUAUUCAUGUUGAAACGAUGGGCUAUACAAAGUCACUUGAUGUUUUUGCAUUUAGUGAAUCUUGUAGCCUCAAUGUAAACUCAGAUUUUUUGAUAUAAAUAUGAAUUUAAUCAAACAAAACAUGCAUGUAUUGUGUAACAUGAAGUCCUAUGAGUGUCAUCUGAUGAAAAUAAUCGAAGGUUAGUGAUUCAUUUUAUCUCUAUUCUGGUUUUUGUGAAGCUAUAUUUAGCUGGGAAAAUGGCUGUGAUUAUUUUUGGUUUUGUGGUGACUUAACAUAAUCGUUUGUAGUGCUUUCGCUGAAAAGUCUAUUUGAAAUCGGACACUUUGGUGGGAUUAACAACAAGAUUACAUUUAAAAUGAUAUAAGACACAUGUAUGUUUGAGGAAUUUUAAUUAUGAGAUUUCUGUUUUUUGAAUUUGCGCCCUGCACUUGGACUGGCUGUUGUCAUAUUGGUCCCGAUAUCGGGACUGCAGCCAUAUUAAGAUGGCUCCGAAGAGGAUGGCUGACAUUUUACAUGCUCCUAACCAAUUGUGCUAUUUUGUUAGUUUUUCUGCAUUGUUUUUAACUUUUUUUCUUUAUUUAUUUGUACAUAAUGUUGCUGCUACCAUCUCUUAUGACCAAAAAUAACUUCUGGACAUCAGAACAGCGAUUACUGACCACAAACUGGAAGAAGCUUUUUCCUUUAACGAGUCCGACGAGAAGGAUACACUGCUCUCCCGGGAACAGGCACCAAAUGCCCAUCAUUUGCGUGAAGAAAAGACAGAGGAAAAGAGGACACAGAUCGGGCUGCCUUCUGAGAAUCUGUAGGCGAGCGAAUAAACUCACACUGCCAUCCAUUCUACUUGCUAACAUGCAAUCAUUGGAAAAUAAAAUUGAUGACCUACGAUUAUGAUUAUCCUACCAACACAACAUUAAGAACUGUAAUCUCUUAAGUUUCACCGAGUCGUGCCUGAACGGCGACACGGAUAAGAUAGAGCUGGCGGGAUUUUCCAUGCACCGGCAGAACAGAGAAGCUACAUAUGGUAAGACGAGGGGUGGGAGUGAUGUCUUUUUGUCAAUAACAGCUGGUGCGCGAUAUCUAAUAUUAAAGAAGUCUUGAGGUAUUGCUCGCCUGAGGUAGAGUACCUCAUGAUUAGCUGUAGACCACACUUUCUACCAAGAGAGUUAUCUAUAUUAUUCGUAGCCAUCUAUUUACCACCACAGACCGAUGCUGGCACUAAGACCGCACUCAACCAACUCUAUAAGGCCAUAAGCAAACAAGAAAAUGCUCACACAAAAGUGGCCCUCCUAGUGGCGGGGACUUUAAUGCAAGCAACCUUAAAUCAGUUUUACCACAUUUUUACCAGCAUGUCAAAUGUGGAACCAGAGGAGAAAAACUCUAGACCACCUUUACUCCACACACAGAGAAGCUUACAAAGCUCUCCAGCCGCCCUCCAUUUGGCAAAUCUGACCAUAAUUCUAUCCUCCUGAUUCCUGCUUACAAGCAAAAACUAAAGCAGGAAGUAGCAGUCACUCGAUCAAUACGGAAGUGGUCAGAAGACAAGGAUGCUACGCUACAGGACUGUUUUGCUAGCAUAGACUGGAAAAUGUUCCGGGAUUCAUCCAAUGGCAUUGAGAAGUAUACCACCUCAGUCAUCGGCUUCAUCAAUAAGUGCAUUGACGACAUCGUCCCCACAGUGACCGUACGUACAUAUCCCAACCAGAAGCCAUGGAUUACAGGCAACAUCCCCAUCAAACUAAAGGCUAGAGCAGCCACUUUCAAGGAGUGGCACACUAAUCCGGACGCUUAUAAGAAAUCCCGCUAUGCUCUCAGAUGAACCAUCAAACAAGCAAAGCGUCAAUACAGGAUUAAGAUUGAAUCCUACUACACCGGCUCUGACACUAAUUGGACGUGGCAGGGUUUGAAAACUAUUACGGACUACAAAGGUAAACCCAGACGCAAGCUGCACAGUGAUGCGAGCCUACCUGACGAGCUAAAUGCCUUUUAUGCUUGCUUCGAGGCAAGCAACACUGAAGCAUGCACGAGAGCACCAGCUGUUCUGGAUGACUGUGUGGUAACCCUCUUGGUAGCCAAUGUGAGCAAGACCUUUAAACAGGUCUUGCUCACAUUUACAAAGCCACAGGGCCAGAUGGAUUACCAGGACGUGUACUCAAAGCAUGCGCAGACCAACUGGCAAGUGUCUUCACUGACAUUUACAACCUCUCCCUGACUGAGUCUGUUAUACCUACAUGUUUCAAGCAGACCACCAUUGUCCCUGUGCUCAAGGAAGCGAAGGUAACCUGCCUAAAUUACCGCGCCGUAGCACUCACGUCGGUAGACAGUUAAAGGCGGGCCGAACAGACCCCCAUUAACAUCAACUAGGCUAUAGUGGAGCGGGUCGAGUGUUUCAAGUUUCUUGGUGUCCACAUCACCAACAAACUAUCAUGGUCCAAACACACCAAGACAGUCAUGAAGAGGGCACGACAACACCUUUUUCCCCUCUGGAGACUGAAAAGAUUUGGCAUGGGUCCCCAGAUGCUCAAAGUUCUAUAGCUGCACCAUUGAGAGCAUCCUGACUUACUAAGCUAAUAUAUGGAAUUGUUUAAAGAAGGUCAUACCAAGGAUCCUUUAGAUAUUUGAUUUUUUUUAAUUUUAAGACCCCUUGAAGUAUCCCAAAAAAAGAAUAAACAACUUAUUUUAUAUUUUCAGACCCUAUACUCAGUACUGAGGUCCUGAGCACUCUGGAUGUUUUCAUCAAGGAUCUCUAUGAGACUAGUCAUCUUUUCCUCAAUAUUGACGAGUCUCUUGCCCUGCCGCUGAAAAAUAUUCCCACAGCAUGAUGCUGCCACCACCAUGCCUCAUUGUAGGGAUGGUGCCAGGUUUCCUCCAGACGUGACGCUUGGCAUUCAGGCCAAAGAGUUCAACCUUGGUUUCAUCAGACCAAUUUGUUUCUCAUAGUCUGAGAGUCCUUUAGGUGCCUUUUGGCAAACUCCAAGCAGGCUGUCAUGUGCCUUUUUGCUGAGGAGUGGCUUCCGUCUGGCCACUCUACCAUAAAGACCUGACUGAUGGAGGGCUGCAGAGAUGGUUGUCCUUCUAGAAGGUUCUCCCAUUUCGACAGAGGAACUCUGGAGCAAUGUCAGAGGGUUCUUGGUCACCUCCCUAUCCAAGGCCCUUCUCCCCCAAUUCCUCAGUUUGAUUGGGACGCCAGCUCUAUGAAGAGUCUUGGUGGUUCCUAACUUAAGAAUGAUGGAGGCUACUGUGUUCUUGGGGACCUUUCAAUGCUGCAGAAAUGUUUUGGUACCCUUCCCCAGAUCUGUGUCUCCACAAAAUCGUCUCUCGGAGCUCUACGGACAAUUCCUUCGACCUCAUGGGUUGGUUUUUGCUCUGACAUGCACUGUCAACUGUGGAACCUUAUAUAGACAGGUGUGUGCCUUUCCAAAUGAUGUCCAAUCAAUAGCUUUUUACAUGGGGGACUCUAAUCAGAUUGUAGAAACAUCUCAAGUAUAGUCAAUGGAAACAGGAUGCACCUGAGUUAAAUUUAGUCUCAAAGCAAAGGAUCUGAACACUGAAAUAAGGUAUCUGUUUUUUGUUUAGAAUCAAUUAGCUACAAUUUCUAAAAAAACAGUUUAUGGGGUAUUGUGUGUAGAUUGAUGAGGAAAAACAUCUAUUUAAUACAUUUUAGAAUAAGGCUGUAACAUAAAAUGUUGAAAAAGUCAAGGGGUCUGAAUACUUUCCAAAUGCACUGUACAUACUGUACUUCUAUUAAUUUUUGAACUGGUACCGGGGGACUUUCAGAUGAGUCUUGUGAGGCCUAUGGGUGUCCUGGAGCAAAAUGUGUUCGUGAGACUCUCACCGUUCCACAUAGGGGUUAUAUUAGUGUGUAGCCCAAACUGUUUGGACGCUACAGAUAGAUGGUGGCAGAUCAGCUGUACCGACUUCAGAAGAGUCCCAAGAUGCCUGUGGGGGUCGUAGAGCAAAGUGGAGAACACCACCGUGAGAAUCUCAUCUUUCCAUAGAGGGGUCAUAGUAGGCCAAACCAUUCAGACACUACAGACAAUUUUGUGUGAAGACCGAUGUUUCAUGGCCUGUCACACUGCUCUAGCCCUGUCACCCUUCACCGCAGUUGCGGAAGUGCAAAUGGCAGUUGCGAUGAAUUGAGACGCAUCCAAAGCGACAGAAAAAAAACUGUUCUCUAGCAUAAGUUGACAGAUUUUGAGAGAGUGGUCCAGCUGCAAUAUCAUCUCUCAGAGCAGUCAUCCCUCAGGGUCUCUACAGUAUGCUUCCACGUACUGAUAUGUCAUCUCUCAGUGCAGUGCAUCUCAGGAAAAUUGGGGGUUUCGAAAGAAGUGGAUGUUUCGAAAGGAAUCAUAUAAGGAGAAGUGGGGAUUUCGAAAGGUGCCACUCAAGAUGUCGUUUGGGUUAUCGAAUUUUAGUCAAAGUCUGCACAGAUGACAGUAAGGAAUUUCAGUUAUGCAAAAAUAAAAUGUCUUCACUGUGUCUUUGAACGUUACCUACCAGUAGCCAUGUAUGUAACGGUAACUUUUUUGUAAAUGCUAGCUAACGUUAGCUACCUUAAAAUAAAAACUGCAUUAAUUUUACAAUGUAUUAUUUAUUAUUGCAUUUUUGAAAUAAUAAUAGUAAUUUAAAUAUCAAGUCAUGGUGGUUCUAGUAGUUAUGGAAUUCCAUCACUUCUAGUGUUAACAUGCUGACUAGACCGGGCAAUCGCACGAAUGUUGAUUUUGUCCAUCCACACCUGACGCGAUCAGGACAAGCAGGUUGAAAUAUCAAUAGAACUCUGAACCAACUAUUAAUUUGUGGACAGGUCGAAACACAUUAAACAUUCAUGGACAUUUAGCUAGCUAGCCUGCUGUUGCUAGCUAAUUUGUCCUGGGAUAUAAACAUUAGGUUGUUAUUUUACCUGAAAUGCACAAGGUCCUUUUUUCUGGAUCUUUGUAGAAUUUUGACCCAUUUUGAGUCACACAAAUCGUCUGUUCUCUACUCCGACAAUUAAUCCACAGACAAAAGGGGAAACCUAGUUAGUUUCUAGUAAUCUCGCCUCCUUCAGACUUCUUCUUCUUUGUGUUAUAUGUCGGUUGGCAACCAACUUUAAGGUGCAUUACCACCACCAACUGGACUGAAGUGUGGACCUCAGUUCUUCUUUCAUUCACCCACGUGGGUAUAUGCUCCCAAAAACCAAUGAGGGAGAUGGGAGAGGUGGGACUUGCAGUGUGUCAAAAGUAGAACCAAGCCCGUGAGCAGUUUGGAUUAAAUGAUUGAAUGAUUUAUUUUACAACGCUCCUGCACAUAAUGCGGCCGGUGUGGUCAGCAUGUAAGACUCUUUUCGAAAGCCCCACUUCUAUUAUGGUUCAUUUCGAAAAACGCCCACUCCUUUCGACACCCCUACUUUUCCUAAGAGGUGCACUGCACUGAGAGAUGACAUAUCAGUAGGUGGCAGCAUAGACCCUGAGGGAUGACUGCACUGAGAGAUGACAUAUCAGUAGGUGGCAGCAUAGACCCUGAGGGAUGACUGCACUGAGAGAUGACAUAUAAGUAGGUGGCAGCAUAGACCCUGAGGGAUGACUGCUCUGAGAGAUGACAUAUCAGUAGGUGGCAGCAUAGACCCUGAGGGAUGACUGCUCUGAGAGAUGACAUAUCAGUAGGUGGCAGCAUAGACCCUGAGGGAUGACUGCUCUGAGAGAUGACAUAUCAGUAGGUGGCAGCAUAGACCCUGAGGGAUGACUGCUCUGAGAGAUGACAUAUCAGUAGGUGGCAGCAUAGACCCUGAGGGAUGACUGCUCUGAGAGAUGACAUAUCAGUAGGUGGCAGCAUAGACCUUGAGGGAUGACUGCUCUGAGAGAUGACAUAUCAGUAGGUGGCAGCAUAGACCCUGAGGGAUGACUGCUCUGAGAGAUGACAUAUCAGUAGGUGGCAGCAUAGACCCUGAGGGAUGACUGCUCUGAGAGAUGACAUAUCAGUAGGUGGCAGCAUAGACCCUGAGGGAUGACUGCUCUGAGAGAUGACAUAUCAGUAGGUGGCAGCAUAGACCCUGAGGGAUGACUGCUCUGAGAGAUGACAUAUCAGUAGGUGGCAGCAUAGACCCUGAGGGAUGACUGCUCUGAGAGAUGACAUAUCAGUAGGUGGCAGCAUAGACCCUGAGGGAUGACUGCUCUGAGAGAUGACAUAUCAGUAGGUGGCAGCAUAGACCCUGAGGGAUGACUGCUCUGAGAGAUGACAUAUCAGUAGGUGGCAGCAUAGACCCUGAGGGAUGACUGCUCUGAGAGAUGACAUAUCAGUAGGUGGCAGCAUAGACCCUGAGGGAUGACUGCUCUGAGAGAUGAAGUCGCAGUUGGACCCUAUGGGAUAUUAUGCUAAUUUGAUUACCACGGGGCUACGGAAAUCGACUAGGUUAAAUGUUCAAAGUUUAAAAAAAAGUAUAUAUAUUUAAAACAGAAUAAUGUUACCAUGUUACAUUGAGAGUUAGUUUCAUGUAACAGGUUUGACCUUAAAAUGAGGGACACAGGUAAAUUAAUCUCUAAUCACAGGAAAUUAAUAAUAAUAUUCAGAAAUGACUUUGUCAAAGCAACAAAAUAACUAUGGCUUUACGAUGAUGGUGAAAACUUGGAGAAAUUUUGGAGUUAGUGGGUUAAAAUCAGAGGUUGCAAGUCUUCAUUCAUAUUAAAAAUCUGAUUUAUUGAAUUCUCCAUAUUGUCUAUAUUAACAGGGCACUUUAUUUAUUAUAACAGUCUUUUAAAAGUCAAUAUUGGUGCACAAUUUCUACUUAAAAUAUCAAAGGGGCGCAAAAGGCACUCUUCGUGUUAUGGUGAUGACGAGAGGAAGUCAGACGAUGCAGGCCACAGCAUUGCAACACCUUUUUCACAAGUGCGUAACAAAGCUCUCAGCACAGCCAGACUCACACGCAUUUAAUAUACACACUGUGCUCAUAUGAGGAAGUCCUCUUCAACAACAGAUCCUUCCACAUCCUCCGCCUCAAUCUCCAUCCAGGUAUUCCAGCCGGUCCUGUUGUAAGGAGCACCCCCAUCAUGGCAUAUGGGAGGCUGGCCUGGCGUCUCUCUGCUCUACUGGGGCUUCUCCUGACCCCUUCACUAGGGUUGGAGCCUCCACGGAUCUCCUUCCCCCUCGAAAGCUCAGAGAGACCUCUUCCCUUAUUCAGCCAACCAGACAUUAAAAACACCACCACACUGUUGCUAAGUGACGACGGCUCCACUCUGUUUGUAGGGGCACAAGAUGCUGUGCUCUCAUUGGAUGUCAGCCAGCCUGAUGUCAUAACCAUGAAGACUAAGAUGGAAUGGAAGCCCCCUCCAGAUAUUCUUCAGACGUGUACCACCAAGGGCAAGAAAAAAACGACAGACUGUCCCAACUUUGUGCGAGUGCUGCAACCCAUCAAUGCCACCCACUUGUAUGCCUGUGGAACAUUUGCAUACAACCCUCAUGAUACCUAUAUGGACACAGACACUCUCACCAUGGCCAAAGUCCCCAGGAAGUACAAUAACGGAAAAGGUUGCUGCCCGUUCAACCCAUAUCAAAGAAGCACAGCCAUCUCUGUUGAUGGUGAGCUUUUCACAGCCACUACAAAUGACUUCCUGGGUAAUACACCAAUGGUCUCCCGCCAUCUCAGUAAAGAUGGUCGCCCAGAUGUUAGCCAGGAUACCUCAGUGAUCUUGAAUGAGCCCACUUUCGUCAGUUCCGCAUCUGACACCAGCGAGGGGAAGGUGUACUUCUUCUUCAGUGAAGUUGGAAAUGAGUACAGCUUCCUGGAUGAGUUCAAAGUAGCGCGGGUAGCUCAGGUCUGCAAGGAUGACAUUGGGGGAGAGCGCAUCCUGCAGAAACGCUGGACUUCCUUUGCUAAAGCCGAACUUCUCUGCCGGCCUCCCAAAGAGCUGCCUUUCAAUAUCAUCCAGGAUGUGUUCACCCUCGCUCCAUCAGAGGGCUACUCCACACAAGAUAUGAUUUUCUAUGGUAUCUUCACAUCCCAAUGGUCAGUGGCUUCAGGGCAGUCUGCUGUGUGUGCCUUUCGGCUUGGGGACAUCAAAGAUGUGUUUGCUGGGAAUUACAAGAUAUUCCAAAACCACCAAUGGAGUCCUCGCGUGGACAAAAGUAGCAACCUGGGCAAGUGUGGGUUGAACAAUGCCUCAGACACCACUCUAAUGGCAGUCAAAGAAAGUUUCCUAGCCAGUGGAAGUGUGCAUCCGAUAGGCAGUGCACCAGUCCUCAACUCCCCUGACCAGCGCUACAGUCGGAUUGCUGCACUACGGACAAAAGCGGCCAAUGGACAGGACUACACCAUACUCUUCCUGCUUAGUGAGUCUGGGUUUCUCCACAAAGCUGUGCUGUUGAACAAGGAUACCCACAUCAUAGAGGAGAUCCAAGUGUUCAGACAACCACAGCUGGUGAAAAACAUACUUCUCACCACCUCCAAGGGUGUGCUUUAUGUGGGGACCUCUGAAGGGGUGACCCAGGUGCCUGUAUCCCAGUGCUCGUCCUAUAAGAGCUGUGCCCAGUGUGUUUUGGCACGAGACCCCCUCUGUGGCUGGGACCCUGCCAGUGGACACUGUGCCAGUGUGUCUGCCAUUCCAGCCAAUGCACGGCAGGAUGUGGAGCAUGGCAACGUGAUGAAGGAGUGUCAAGGUUCCCUCACAGCUAAACCUCUGCCAGUGGAGGUGUACGCACAGCUAAAUGAAGUAGUGAGGUUGAAGUGUUCCACAUCCUCCAAUCUGGCAACCCUGAGUUGGAAGUCCGCCAAAGCCAGCGCUCUGCCCCACCACCUCUUCUUUCACUCUAGAGAUAAGAAUCUGGUCUUCAUGGCCACACCUGACACCUUCGGAAUCUACCACUGCAUCUCUGUGGAGAGGGGUUAUGAGGAGACAGCAGCUAUCUACACUGUGAGACAGAGUGUCUCUCCUAGGGCCAUUGAUUUUCCAGCCGUUCAAAUUCGGAUCACCACCACAGAGACUAAAGACCAGAUGACCACCAUGACGGAGAUUCCAAGCGACACUGAGAAGCUAGACCUCAUCAACUUUGGGGAGGAUCCAGUCAUCACCACAGACGUAACCACAACCAACAAGACUCCAGACACAAAGUCCACGGCUGAGAAUCUAGAGGAUAAGACUCCAGACACCAAUUCCAGUACUGAGAAACCAGAGGAUAUGACCCCAGACCCCCAGUCCAGCAGUGAGAAACCAGAAGACAUUGUCAACCACAAGGAACCCUUAACAGCCAAGAAUUACCAUAGUGAAUUGGUGGCAGUAUCAUUUCUCCUGGCUGUGUGUGUUUGUGUGCUAGUGCUAGGAGGGCUCUAUGGGUGGCACCUGCAGGGCAGAUAUAAAUUGGGCCCCUCGGACACUGCAGACGGGGGAUACAAGGAAGAGAAUGACCCCCUGGAAGUCUCACCUCCCUCUAUAAAGAAGGCAGAAUGAAUGGACUCAGAAGAUAUCUAUCUUCAUCUAGAGUCAAUUUUUUUCCAACAGGCAUUUGAUGACAUCACAUCAGGUGGAUUUGAUAUUGUUGAAGAUUUAUAAAUAAGUAAAUUAAAAAUGUGUUUGGGGGGUGAAGGGUAUGUUUAUUUACAUGUGGAGCCUAUUGGUCUUCAACUUAAACAGACAGAUAAUGCAAAUGUUUAUUAAUUUCAAAUUAAUAAAUUUUUUGUAAUCCUACAUUUCCUCAGCUGACAUCUUUUUCUAUAGGCUACAGAACAAGUGUCUUUAUUUCUGUAGGAAUGUUCAUUCUCUUUUACUAAGCCUACUAUAAUAAAAAGGAGAAAUUACA